CAUCCCUCCCAACAUGAUUGUAUCUUUGGGGCUGCAUGAUCUUCCCUCACCACCAUUUUUGGAAACAAAACACUGUUGGAAGCAUUCAUUCUUCAAGAGCAGUGCAGAGGUGUUGACGGGUGAUCAGGUCAGAGAGGCUUCGCUUCCUGUGUGGUUUGCUUCUUUUUCUCUGAGAAGGGGUCAGCCGGUGCGCCUUCUCAGACGGCAUUGAGCUUCAAGAUCUCUCUUCCUGGCCAUCUCAUAUACACAACUUCUAACAGGACACUCUUCGCAAAUGGAGGAUGAAGAGGGCUACAUGGCACUUAAUGUCUGCACGAGGAAAGUACAACAGCUUUACCAAGGUUCUCAGGAAUCAGAAACCCAACUGAGCCAUCAUCGCUGGUGUCAGAUCAUUGUUGGAGCCGGAGGUGUUGUGUUUCUUCUCCUAGCAGGAGCUGCCAUAGCUCUGCGAAUUUAUGCUUUUCAGACAACUCAAUAUGCAGAUGCUUCUGUGUCUCAAGAACUGAGCAAUGGCACAGAAAAUAAGACCAGCCUGGAGAAUGUUAUCUCUCACUUGAAACAGUUUUUGUGUAAGCCACUUCAUAGCAGCUUGGCAGAGAGCUUUAAGUGUAAAAUUUGUCCUCAAAAUUGGUUCCGUCAUGAGAACAAAUGCUACUGGGUCUCUAAAGAACAAGGAACCUGGAAGAAGAGUCAGGAAGACUGCAGGACAAAAGACUCCCAAAUGCUGGUGGUACAGAAACAGGAAGAAGUGGCUUUUAUUCAGACUGUUAUUGGAGAAACACAGUUGUUGUGGAUUGGACUGACGCUCACAUUCCCUGAAAGAAAGUGGAGCUGGGUGGAUGGCUCUCCCUUAGAUGAAAAACAAUUGCAACAACUGGGUCCAGUGGAAGCAAACAGCUGUGGGAUGCUGAAUGGACACAAAAUUAUUACUGAAGCCUGCAGUACUGUGACCACAUGGGUUUGUGAGACAGAAGCUUUCGAUAUAAGUGGUAACUGGGGCUGAACCUCAGUUUUACAUUGGGCAUUUAAUACAAAAUAUAAUUGGCUUAGUGGAAAUAAAUAGGAUUAGUGUUUUCUUCUCUCAGUUAACUUUGCUUGUUAAAUUUGUAGUUUGGUCACUGCUGGAAGCAUUAGUUUUCAGUGGACCACCAGAUUCUCCCAUGAUGCCUCAUUCUGAACAGUUCCACAACUUAACAUGGAGUUGUCAACUCUUUUGCACCAACAACACAUCAAAUGCCUUUAGAGCUAUCUGAGUUUGUGGCCUUUGCAGUUUAUGGAUAUGAAUUCCACAAUUUACCUCCGAGAGUAAACACACAUACCCUUCUCUUUAUUAAAAAAGUUUAUUUAUUAUAACCCUAAUAUACAUAUAGGCACACCAUACAUAACC